AUGAGUCUCAGUUAUCAAAUGCACAAUGAAGGGAUCAAUACGGACAUGGCCAAGUUCAGCCCUGAGAUUUUGGAUAAAAUGAAGAAGUUUCGUUUCCGAAAAGAGAAAAACAACGCUGCGAUCAUUUUCAAGCUCGACAUGGAAACGAUGGAUGUCCAAAUUGAAGACGAAAUUGAAGACAUAGGCGAUAUCGAAGAGCUACAGAACGAGCUUCCCCAUCUUCAGCCCCGUUUCAUCAUGUAUUCUUGCAAAUUUGAGCGAUCCGAUGGGCGAGUUCAGUACCCUCUCAUUCUGAUCUUCGUCUCCCCUAAUGGCGGAGCCCCUCGACAGAUGAUGGCUUAUUCUGGAAGUCGAAAUCAGUUCCGCGACUCGUCCAAAAUCUCAAAAGUUUUCGAUGUUCGAGACCUGGAAGAUCUUACCCAAGUGUGGCUCGAUGAGAAGCUCAAGAAUUUCUGA